AUGGCGUACGGAGGAAGAGGGAAGAAACUGAAUCCACAGUUUUGGCAGCUCCAUCACUUUCUGAGAAGUAUCUCAUUUAACAAUACUGCAGGAGAUGUGGUCUUCAUCAACCAGAAUGGAGAGGCAGCAUCUAGCUUGGAUAUUGUCAACUGGAUCAUAUUCGCAAACCAAAGUUUCCACCGAGUGAGAGUUGGGAGGAUAGAUCCACAAGCUCCUCCAGAUCAAAAAUUAACCCUUGAUGAAGAUGCCAUAACAUGGCACAGUUGGUUUAACCAGACUCAGCCUCUUUCAGUCUGUACUGAGCGUUGUCUUCCAGGAUCCAGCAAGAAAGUGAAGGAGGGAGAGCCCCCUUGCUGCUACGAUUGCAUCCCAUGUCCAGAGGGGAAGAUUGCAAAACAGGAUGAUAUGAAUGACUGUUAUAAAUGCCCAGACAAAGACUAUCCAAGCAAGAACCGGAAUGCAUGUCUAUCCAAGGAUAUAAGCUUCUUGUCUUAUGAAGAAACUUUGGGCAUCAGUUUGGCCUCUUUCUCUUUUUUCCUUUCCUUGAUCACAGCUCUGGUACUAGGUAUAUUUAUGAAACACCACAACACACCCAUUGUCAUUGCAAACAACCGAAACCUCACCUACACUCUCCUCAUCUCUCUCCUGCUCUGCUUUCUUUGUGCAUUGCUCUUCAUUGGCCGACCUGAGAAGGUCACAUGUCUCCUCCGGCAACCAGCUUUUGGUAUCAUCUUCUCAACCGCUGUUUCUUGUGUCCUGGCAAAAACCUUCACAGUAGUUUUGGCCUUCAUGGCUACAAAACCAGAAUCCAGGAUGAGGAAAUGGGUGGGGAAAGGACUAGGCCACUCCAUUCUCCUUUUCUGCUCCAUAGUUCAAGCAGGGAUAUGUACUCUGUGGCUGGCAACUUCACCCCCAUACCCAGAUGUGGACAUGUACUCAAUGACAGAAGAAAUCAUACUAGAAUGUAAUGAGGGGUCUGUGACCAUGUUUUACUGUGUCCUCAUCUACAUGAGCUGCCUGGCCACUGUAAGUUUUGCUGUGGCUUUCCUCGCCAGGAAGUUACCGGACAGUUUCAACGAAGCCAAGUUUAUCACUUUCAGCAUGUUGGUCUUCUGCAGUGUUUGGCUGUCCUUUAUUCCUUCCUACCUGAGCACCAAGGGAAAAUACAUGGUAGCUGUGGAGAUCUUCUCCAUCUUAGCCUCCGGUGGUGGGUUGCUGGGUUGCAUCUUUUCCCCCAAAUGUUAUAUAAUUAUUCUGAGGCCUGAGCUGAACAAUAGAGAACAG